UAGUUGGAGUGAGCGCGGCGAGACCAGCGGAGCGUUCGCCUGGCGUCUUACGCUCCGUCCCGGGGAGAGGGGCGCACGGAGCCGAGCGAGGCGAGCCCUGCCCGGGACAGCGGGGCGCUAGGGGCGCCCCCCCCCCCCGGCAGCGGGAUGAGCCCGGGGCUGGCCAGCGUGUUGCUGCUGCUUCUCUGCGCGUUCGCGCAUGAAGCCAGGCCUGCAAGUAUCUCGCUGACCCGGAGUCUGGAGGGGCCUCGUUCGAUCCCCAGAGCCUUUAGUCACAGCACGGAGGACUCGGAGUUCGACGAACAUGAAGAUCAUCUUCGCAAAACGUGCCCUGCAGGUUUCUACUUGAACGCGAGCAUGAAGUGCGACAAGUGCGAAGAAGGCAUUGAGUUCACAGAGUUCCCCAAUGCGCUUUCCAGGUGCCUGCCUUGUCAUGUCUGCAGAAAAGAUGAGGUGCAGCUAAGUCCGUGCCACAGCAGCAAGGACACGCAGUGUGCUUGCAAGAACGGAACCUUUUGCUCGCCGGACCAUCCCUGUGAAAUAUGCCAGAAGUGCAGAACCAGGUGUCCCGAAGGCGAAGUGCAGGUCAGCUCCUGUACGCUGCAAAGUGACAUCCAGUGUGCACAUCCCACAAGCCCCCCACCUGCAGCUGGCCGCAUUACUGGCAUGACGGUAGCUGGGAUAUUGGUGCUUCUAGCAGUGGUUGGGGCCUUGCUUGGGGUCUGGUGGUGGCGCAGAAGGAAUCGCAAAUCCUCUUCUGAAGGGGACCCGACAAAGAAGUCCGCCAGCAUUAAGGCUCAUCAUAUCUUGUCACCGCUGAGGAACUGCGCUCGAAGGAGACCGGGCACGCAGGACAACAUGCGGAAUGAGCAGCUGGAUCAGGAAUCCCGGAGUGUGUUGCUGACUGUGUCAGACCCUGAAGAAGCAGCCAGGGAGGAGAGCCAGGGCGAGACGAGGGCUCCACAGGCAACAGCCCCGAAGCUGGAGGUGUUGCAGCAAAACCCAGCCUCUGGCAUGGCAAGCAAGAGGAGGAAGCUGGUGCCAAUCGGUGAACAGAACCCAAUAGACAUUUUGCGGUGCUCCUUUGAGAUCUUCACUCAGGAAGUGCCCUUCAAGGACUGGAGAAGGUUCGGGAGGGCCCUCCUCCUCUCGGAAAACGAGAUUGAGUUGGCCGAGAGGAGCGACAAGUACUCGCAGGAGCCACAUUACCAGAUGUUAAAUACCUGGCAGAACAAAACUGGGGCAGGAGCCUCCGUCAACCAGCUCCUGGAGACCUUGGAGAAGAUUGAUCUCAGAGGCGUUGCGGAUAUUAUCCGCGCCAAGCUGACUGACCUGUACAAGGAGGAAGAAUUAAACUGAGGAACGGGGGGAACUGCCUUACUCGUCUCUAAGCCAGAACCACAAAUGCCUCCAAUCUUGGCUCUUCCCCUGGGCUGUGUUAACGCAUCCUUGGGAGAGACCCGCUGCGGGGUGGGAGGGGAGUUAGCCACUUGAACAAAAGAGCCUCACGCCCUCUAGGAAGAGUGCGAUGCUGCAAAAUCAGCUGCACAGGCCACGGGUUCUUCCUCCAAAGGGCAGAAUCUAAGUUACUGUGAGACAGCCAAGCUGGGAUUUCUGGGUACUGCUCUGUUGGAACGACUCAAAUACGUUCUCGUGAAACACCAGGGAAAUCUGGCGUUGCCUGACUCGUCCCGGCUGCGGGGUCUUGGUAGCUGGCGAGACCGAUGAAAGGCAAAGCUGGCAUGUUCGUCAUUCAGGGCUCCCCUCUGAAAGACCCGACCCAACCAAAUAUGCAACACCUGCCGCCGCCUGCUUUACCUUUCUGGGAAACUUGAUAAGCUGUUUGCUGGCCAGAGCCUCUACCUCCCUCUGUGGCGGGCAGAUUUUAAUUGGCUUCUGGGUCAUUUGUUACUUGCUGUACAUUUUAGCUGUUUCAUUUGCUGUAUGGAAGGAUUAGACAAUGCCUAUCUAAGACUUGAGGACUGAAGUGAGGGGCAGAUGACUCUACUCUGUUGGUACUGAACCUGUGAGUCACAGGGCUUUGCUGUCUCUUCAAGGGGGCCAAAUCCCAGCAGAGCUCUGCUGAGAACGCCAGAGAUCGGGGUUCACACCCUUGCUCUGCCACAGACUUCAUGUGGGACCUUGGGCAUGUCUCUGCACCCCUUCCGACCAAUGGGGACCACAGCACUGCCUAUUGGAUGGGUUGGGACAUGCUGUCUGGGCACCAGUCCAGUAGCUUUUGUACAUAGCGGAGGGACAGUUUGGCCGUGAAACGAACUACCGUUACUGAGCAGGGUGGAGUGAUGCGGGGGUGACCAUCCAGCCCUCCAAAAAGCCAGCUGGCACCUGCAUGGUGCGUUUGGCACACUCAUGGUCAGCCAGCCUCCGCUCGGCAUGCGGCUUGGACAGCCGUCCCUUUCCCUAAUAACGCUUGAACAUCGAAAUGACCCUCCCUUCUUUCGGUGGCAGAAUCCCUCCAUGUAUUUUAAAGCUGUGCGUAAAAGAAGAAGCUGGAGGAGGUGGCAUAUUUAAGUAUUUAUUAGGAAUUUUAAAUGUAAGUAUUUAACUUAAAAGGUAAUAUAAAAAUAGGAUUUUUUUUUCUCCUCUUGUGUGUUGCAGUUGUUUGUACAGACCUCUGGCCCAGCCAGGUUUUUUAAAUUUCCAGUUUUAUACAUGAUUUGUAUGAAGGAAGAAUAAACUUUUUUAUAUGCUA